AUGAACACUCAACUCCCCAGAUUUUAUCCUUCCGGAAAUCUUGUUGUCAAUACACAGAUGAGAGCUGCUCAAGCUCAGACUACCCAAAAUGUUCAGGAGUCAAGACCAGAGAACACCAAGAAGACUUAUGAGUCCAAGCAGAAUGAGUAUCGUGUCUGGUGCGAUGAAAAGUUUGAUGCUAGUGAUGAGGGCAGAUACACUGUAAAUGGAUCCAAACUUCAUUUAUUUUUGCAUGAAAACGUCAAUUCCUGUAAAAGCAAGGAUCUUAAAGCCCAUAUUGUCGAAGUCAGAGAAGACAAUCCUACAACUCUACAACUUCGUACUACUGCCCCAAUGCUCCACCGAUCCCUCAAGACUAUACAAGCCCAGAUACAGUCAGAGUCAAGUGGGCUGAAAGAAACCAUGCAGCAACUUUUUACUGGCUUAAGGGAUAUCACUUCUGGCCUUGCUCCAUUAAGUAUAAUCCUGUCAGUCUCAGGUGGGCCAGACUUUCAGAUGCCAAUAUUUACAAUGAACUCUGAGACCAACAUUGGAGAAUCUGGAAGUAUACAGGCUAUACAAUUUACAAACACACCAACACAGCCAAUACAGUCACAACAACAUCAACAACAGACAAUAGCAUCACCUCCUCUAUAA